AUGGGUAACAAGAUACCAUUAAGAAACAAUUCAGGAUGUCUUAAAGAAAUAAACAAAACAACAAUAUUCAAACAGGAACAGCCCCAAACCUGGUGUUGCUGUUGUGAAAAACAGGUGUCAUACAGAAUUCCAGCUCUCGUCUAUCUCAAUGUCGACCAAACCUUCCUUGCCUUUGCUGAAAAGAGAAAAACAUUAAGUGACACAAACGCAGAAGUGCUUAUGCUGAGAAGAGGAACAUGGAAGGAUGCCAAGAAUCAAGAAGUUGAGUGGGACAGUGGUCAUCAGGUGCUCUCUUCAGCUUGUCUACCAAACCACCGCAGCAUGAAUCCAUGUCCGGUCUAUGAAAGAGAAUCCAAGACCCUCUUUCUGUUUUUUGUCUGUGUUCCCACUCGAGUCUCUGAAUAUGAACAAAUACGGACGAACAAGAGCCAGGGACGACUUUGUUAUGUAACCAGUACGGAUGCUGGCAAAACCUGGAGCCAUACUAUAGACUUGACAGCAGAUGUGAUCGGUGAGCAGAUGAAAGAAUGGGCCCCAUUUGCUGUUGGACCAGGACAUGGUUUUCAAAUGAAGAGCGGAAGACUGAUUAUCCCAGCAUAUGCUUAUCGUUACACAGGUAAACCUGAUUGCAUAUCAUGUUGCUGCUUAUCGUUUUGCUGUUUCACACCUUAUGCCUUAGCAUUCUACAGUGAUGAUCAAGGAAUCAAGGAAUCAGUGGGGAACCAAAUUAAUGUUGAGUCGUGUGAGUGUCAGAUGGCUGAGAUCAUUGAC